CAGCAGCUUUCAUUUGAAAUCCUCUGUUCUGACAACGCAUAACGAGGUUGCACGCUCAUUAAUAUACUCGUUAACCCCCUCUUCUCUCUCCCCCCCUCUCUCUCCCUCUCUCUCUCUUGCUCGCUAUUUACUCCUCGCGGAUUCUGCAUGUCCAGUUCUCUUCUCGACUUUUUUCACCUCCAACCACCGAUCUCUGCAACGCCCGAAAAAAGUUGUAGCAAAAAAAGAGGAACAGAAAUCGACAGAGACCAACUAAAUUCGUAUAUGGUCCCUGCAUGAUGUCUCUGUCUCGAUACCGCUCCUUCUCCCUCUGCUUUUCGCCUUGCCUCUUUCCGGAACCGAGAAUGGAACUUCGUGCACUCGCGGCAUCGGUUGUGUAGUAGGAAGCACGCUUUUUGCGCUUCCGAGUCUCUGCUUUUCUCUCCAAAACGCAUUUUUUUCGGAGCGGGUCACUGGGUCGGCGACACCCAUUGGAGCCAGAGAGCGGAGAAAGCAAAAAACUGAGUUGGUUCUGUUCGGGAAGAAGGCCGUCGUUUGGAGAGGGUUGGAGGUGAUGAAGUUCAACAUGUCCACCGCGGCGAGGAGGCAGAAAUGGCAGCAUUACCCGACCCCACCGACGCCGAGGAUCCUCCAGCUGCCGGGCAGGCCUCGCCGGAGGCCGCCGAGGGGGGCGGCGAGGCCCGCCGCCGGAGAAUCGAGAAGCAGGGACCUGACGGGGAAGCUGGAGGCCCUGUUCGACCAGGAGCGCAAGUUCUUGAAAGGCGGCGGGAGCGUGCCCAUAGUGCUGUUGGAGCACCACGAUGAGAGGAGAGAGCGGGUCGAGGAUGGAGCGGAGAAAGAGUACGAGUGCGAGGAAGACGGUGUAGGUGGCCGCAGCGAGGCGGCGGUGGUGGAGGAGGAGAAGUGGAGGUUUCAGGCGGAGGUCUUGAGGGCAGAGUGUAACUUGUUGAGGAUGGAGAGAGAGAUCGCGGUGAAGAAACUGGAUAGGACCAGGAUCAACAUUGAGAGGUCUCUCAAAUGUGCUAUCCAAACUUUGAUCAAUGGCAAGAAAAAAGUACGUGAAGGAGAGAGUUUGAGGGCAGUUUUUGACGGGGAGAUGGAGCAUUUGGUUGGGAAGCUCAAAGAGCUGAGAAAGAGCCUGAAGGUCAAAGAUUUCGGGGCUCGGAACUGUAGCAAUUUCGACGAACAAGUGACCAUUCUGCAGAGAAGGUUAAAGAAGCUGAAUGGCACGUCAUCGUCAAAACACAAACCCGGGAACGAGAUUAGGAACAUUGCAGAAGCACGCUCGUCGACUGAUUUCGACUGGGGAGUAGACAAGAACGAAACUUCUGAUCAUGAUCACGAUCACAAAGUCGAUAUUUUGACGAGGAAAAUGGAGGAAUUGUCGAAGGACAUGCUCUUGGAGAGGAUGGAGGAGGAGUACAGCUCCAUACUUUCUGCAGCCGACAGAUCUGUGGCCAGUUCUGCAUCCACUUCUAAGCGAAUUGAAUGGCCUUCUUCAGCCACCGCCUCGCUCUAUCAACCGAACCAGGAGAUAGUGUCCCGCAUCGGUGGUGUGUGCUCGGGGCAUUGCAAGUCUGUAGUUAGGAGGAUCAUUGAGCAGGUCCGAGUGGAGACAGAGCAAUGGUCUCAGAUGCAGGAGAUGCUUGCACAGGUAAGAAGCGAAAUGGAAGAGUUGCAGGCGUCGCGAGACUUCUGGGAAGAUCGAGCUCUCAAGUACGAUGCUCAUAUGCAGUCGCUAUCCUUGGUGGUGCAAGAAUGGAGACAGAAAGCGCUCUCUUCCGAGGCCGAGGCGAACGAGCUACGAGAACAAGCAUCUGCGCUUCAGGAAGAGAUCCAGAGGUCAAGGAAAGAGCGAGACAAGGCAAGGCAUUUGCUGCCGAACGAGACGGAGAAGCGGGUCCUGAUCUGUCGCCUGAAGGAAAACCACCACAAUCGGCACGACGAGUGCAAGCAGAAUGAGGCUUCAUUCGGUGAUAGGAGAAGGAAAGUGCACACGAGCACCAGCAGGCUGGCGGCAGCUCCAAAGCGGUCCCCAUUUCGAGACAUCGGCAAUUCAUUGCCGAUGUCGAGGCAAAGUAGCAAAUGAUAAGCCAUUCUUCCCUGCAUACGGUUGGACUAAAAAUUGAAGCUUUUGAAGAGAUCAUCAGCUUUGAGCUUCCCGUUAGUUCGUCUGCAGUGCAAGAGCAAGUUUUUGAUCUUAUCAUAUUGGCCCGAAUGAGAUGUUAAAUUUCCAUAAGCCCUUUCUUCGAUUUCUUAUCCUUCAUUGGUAAUGAGAAUUAGAGCACCCCAAGUUGGUGAAAGGAUUAGAUUCGGGUGGUUCGCAAGGAGUCAUGUAAUUCGA